GGGAGCAGCGGGGUUUGCUGCUGCUCCUCCCGGGGGCGGCGGGGCUCCGGGAGCUCCUCUUUCGCUUUCGGCCCGAGCCCAGCCCAGCCCCGCUCCUGGCCCGGCCCCGGGAUGGCCCAGCGCGGCGGAGCCACGGCAACAGGACAAGCUGCUCAGUCAGCAAGGAGGGUGGUCAUCACUGGUGUUCCAGAUGGCCUCCUGCCCGAUGAUGUCAUGGCUGACAUACUGAUCAUUCAUUUCCAAAUGUCGAAGAAUAAUGGGGGAGAUGUGGAAGAAGUGACCUACCCAACAAAGAGGAAAGGAGUUGCAUACGUAACUUUUGAAGAUCAAGAAGUUGUAGAGCGCGUUCUCAGGAAGGAUGAGCACCGACUAGAAGACAGGAGGUUGUCCAGAUACUAUCCACUGAAAGUGACCCGUUACUGUGAAAACGUCUUCGGCUCUGUCACAUCUGUCCUCAAUCUGUCUGUUUUCAAAGACCAUUUUGUUUUGGAAGAGCUGCUACAAGAACUUCAGAAGAAGAGCACAGCGUUGAGCUUUGGCCCUCUGCAGCCCAAUGGGCAUAUUUCUGUUCAGGGGUCGUUUCCAGCCAUGAAAUUGCUAAGAGACUUGCUCUUGCUAAAAGCAAAAUCCCUUUCAGAGAAGGAGAAAGGAAAAGAAAGAAAGUCCCAGCAGAGUUCAAGGAGGAGGCAACAUGUUCAGGAUGCAGAUGGAGAAAAUCAAAUGGUGGUUCUUGACACGGAUACAUUCCACUACAUGAAGCACUUCUUUCCCAAGACCUUCCUGGUGAAUGAUGUUGUAAUUUCUGCCUCUGCUGAUGGGGAUAUAACUACAGUUUACAUCAAGAGUGCUGGGAGCAGGUCUGAUCCUAGACAGGUAUUAAGAGUCAAAGGGAAUAUUGAAAAUCAGUCUGUAAAACUCCAUAAUGAUUUACGUAAAGAAAGGAUCUGCUAUGAGAAGCACUCCAGAGAGGAAAAGGAGAGAUACAAACGGGUGUGUAGAAGUCUAAGAUCCCAUCACCCUUCUGUUCUGAUCAUUCCUUACGACACUCACAUCGAUGUUAUAGGAACUUCUUCGGAGGUUCUUAAAUUUACAAAGGAGGUGAGCAGUAAGAUUCACAGCCUGUUUCGAACCAGGUAGAAAGUCAGUGCUCAUGCUUUGUGCACCCUGUGCUCCUCAUGCAGACUGUACUGGUGCAGCCUGUGCACCUCUGUGUCACUGCAGAGCUGUCAUGUUUCUCCCAGCUGGGAAGUCUGCACAUGAGGGUGAACAAGCCCAUUCCCCCCAAAUGCCCAAUUAAGUUCAGAACAGGAAACGAUCUUUCUGUCUCUCGUGAGCUUAGAGACCCAAGAAGUUUGGCCUCCUCUGUACAGAUACACCCACCUUUUUGCUUUUGUGAGCUGUGUUCUGUGCACUUGCACACUCAUUCUGUCUUGCUGUCGGGGAGCACAUGAUGAGAGAAGAGUUUUUUUAAAGAGUUCUUAGAGACAUAAGAAGCCAGGCUGACAAAGCAGGGCAAGCCAGUGUGAUAUGAGAUACUGCACUGAAGUUUCUUUGAUCUUCAAGUUCCCUUCCAACCAGGAUGAUUCUAUGAUUCUAUGAUUUGUGCAAGGUUAGGUGACCACUGAGAACCAGAACAGUAGCCUUUUUCUGUUGCCUUUAUCUGCAAAAGGAAGAUCCCAUCAUUGAGAUGUGUGAAGAUCAUAAAGCUUUGACACUUGAGGGGUUGAAAUCCUUACUAAAUUUACAGGCUUGUCAUGUUCUGAGAAGGUAUCAGAAGGUAGCAGUGGAAGUUCUUGACAGUAGAAAAUAAGUGAGUUUUUAAUCGUAGGAGCAAUAAUGUGUUGGGUUUUUUUCUGCUGCAACAACAUCUGCAGCAUCCCUUGACAGCAUGUUAUUCAGACAUGAAAGUAUAUCCCAAGUUUUGAUGGGAAAAUGUUGAAUCAGAUUCUUUUUAUGCAAAUCCAUUUGUAUAUCCAUGACAAGGGUCCAAAUGCCCAUCCCAAUUUAGGCUUUUUAUAAAACCAAUUUAGAAAAGAACUUUUAUUUUGUGAUUUUGUUUUUGGUGAAAACACACAGAGUGCAGAAAAAAGUUAAGUUUUCAUGCCAUUAAAGAAAUCAGUUACAGAAA